UUAGCCAGUGGGAGGGUAUAAUAUGAGGUAAAAUAAGGUAAUAUUGCGCUUGGCGAGUGUCAUGGUGGCCACUCUACCGCUGUGUUGCUCUAGCAGAAAACAUUUCGAAGAUGCGUCAAGUGAAGUAUGGCUGCGCCCAUUCUUAAGUGGAAGCGGGUCACUAAUACGACGGGUCCACAGCCCAGACCUCGCCAUGGCCAUCGUGCUGUGGCCAUUAAGGACCUGAUGGUUGUGUUUGGUGGAGGCAACGAAGGAAUAGUCGAUGAAUUACACGUAUAUAACACAGCCACCAAUCAAUGGUUUGUGCCACCAGUGAAGGGAGACGUGCCGCCGGGAUGUGCCGCUUACGGUUUUGUUGUGGACGGAACGCGCAUCCUUGUUUUUGGUGGAAUGGUCGAAUAUGGGAAGUACAGUAAUGAGUUGUACGAGCUACAAGCCUCCAGGUGGGAGUGGAAGCGCGUCAAGCCUCGACCUCCUCGUAAUGGUCCACCGCCGUGUCCCAGACUCGGUCACUCCUUCACCCUCAUUGGUAAUAAGGUUUAUCUCUUUGGUGGACUGGCCAAUGACAGUGAAGACCCCAAAAAUAACAUCCCAAAGUACCUCAAUGAUCUCUACACAUUGGAAUUACGAGCAAACUCAAACGUGAUGUCGUGGGACAUACCAGACACGUACGGCGUUCCUCCCCCACCCAGAGAAUCCCACACGGGUGUUGCGUACAUGAGUAAAGACAAACCGAAGCUGGUGAUAUACGGAGGGAUGAGUGGCACCAGGCUGGGAGAUCUGUGGAUACUGGAUAUCAAUUCCAUGAACUGGGAGCGGCCGACAGUCAUCGGCGUUCAUCCUCUGCCUCGCUCGCUGCACUCGGCUACUCUGCUGGGCAGCAAGAUGUUUGUGUUUGGGGGCUGGGUCCCUCUAGUGCUGGAGGAGCUCAAGGGACCCAACAACGAGAAGUCAGAGUGGAAGUGCACUAACACCCUCGCUUGUCUUAACCUCGAAAAUAUGACGUGGGAAAAUGCCAUGAUGGAAAAGUUUGAGGACCAAAUGCCUCGUGCUAGAGCUGGGCAUUGUUCUGUUGGCAUUCACUCGCGUCUGUUUGUAUGGUCUGGCAGAGAUGGUUACAGAAAAGCAUGGAAUAACCAGGUGUGUUGCAAGGACCUCUGGUACCUGGAGACGAGCGUACCGGGAUCCCCCGGGAGAGUGCAGCUGGUGAGAGCUUCGACGACCACCUUGGAAGUGUGUUGGGGCGCCACGCCUACUGCCGAUGCCUACUUACUUCAGAUCCAAAAAUAUGACAUCCCCACCCCAGCACCAACAGCCCCGGUACCAACCACCCCAACGAAUACUCCCGCUACCCCGAGUCUGCCUGCGACGCCGACCAACAAAGCCAUCACCCUCACUCAGACAGUCCUCAGACCAGCUACACCCGGGACCAUAACACCUCUGACAUCGACCUCUCCACAUACUAUAAGAGCCGGUGGUAAUAUCGUGAGAGUUCGGACGCCCGGGGCAGGACAGAUAAAGGUGAUCGGCGCCGGGGGACAGACGACUCAAAUUCUACGCGGCGGUCUGCCGGCCACGACUACGGCCACCUCUCAAGGCGGCAUGUCGGGCAUUGCAGCCCUGGCCGCUGCAGCUGCUGCGACACAGAAGAUAACCACCAGCACCGGCGGUGCGGGCUCACCCACCGUGAAAGUCGUUCAGCCCAGUACGCUAGUCACACCACAGGGCGUGAAGGUGGCAACCACCAUCGCCGGGCAGACCGUCAGACUCGUGUCGCCCUCGGGACAGGUUCUCAAUCCCCAAGGAGGAACAGUAACCGGACAGGGCGGCAAGCAGUUCAUCCUCCAGAAGAGCGGCGUACCGGGGUCACAACCGCAGAUCGUCACUCUCGUCAAGACGAGUAAAGGUCUCACGCCCAUGUCAAAAAUGAACCUGGUGCAGAGUAAAGCUGGCGUAGGGGGUCAAGGGGCCACCAUCGUCAAGCUGGUCACCACUCAAGCCGGCGGUGGCGGUAAGCCAAUCAUGACCACCUCCACCACACAGCAGGGACAAAUUCUCAGCCUCGCAGCCGGCGCUCAGACAGCCGGCAAGACGAUCGGACAGGGACAGAACAUCGUCAUAGCAAAACAACAGCUGGGCACCACGACAGUUGGGGGGAAACAAACGAUAGUGAUCACCAAGCCAGGGGCAGGCGGGGCCGCCGGAAUACGACCGCAGACGUCGCAGAUCAUCGUGGUCACCACCGCCUCCGCCAUAAGAACCUUACAGGCAGGCACCACCAACACCAUCACCACACAGGCUGGAGGACAAGCAUGUCAGGUGUCGGCCGGCGGCGGAGUCAAGAUGAUCGUGGUAUCGUCGGGGGGCGUCGGCGGCACCACGACCACACAGGCCGUCGCCAAGCCCGUGACCAUUACCGUGGCGGGGCAGGCGGGUCAGGCCGGCGCCAACACCAAGACGGUGACGAUAACGGCCAAAUCCGGCACGCCGAGUACCACGACUCUCCUCAACACCGGGUCGGGCCAGAUCAUUGCUGUUCCUGCUCAGGGUCUGCUACAGUCGGGGCAGCAGGCACUGACAAUUGGAGGUAAACCUGUAACAGUACAAGUAACUACAGCUGGAGGCCAAAAAACAGUAACCCUGGUGACCUCUCAGGCCAGCGGCGGUUCGACCACAACCGCCACCGCCUCGAGUACGGCAGCGACCAACCAGCCUUCGACGUCGAUAGCGGGAGCGGGAGACGGCCCGGUCACCUCCGACGCCGCUCUCGCCGCUCUGGCGGCCGAGGCCGGCCUGAUAAUGCCGUCCGUCGAAGGGGAACAGAACAACGAACAAAUGGCCACACCUCUCGGCACGCAAGACCAUUCCGAAAACGGCACCACACAGAGUGCCAGAGAGGGACACGUCGCGGGCGCCACGGCCGACGGCAGAAAACAGCCGUCGGGAGAGGGGGAGGACUCGGAGAGUAAGAGACGCGAGGGGAACGCCGCCGCGGGCGAAGGCGGCGACGGGGUAAUCAAACAGGAGCCGAUGGACACCGAAGGAAUAAACGAGAGCGGUCAGACGGGGGCGGCGGGAGCGGAGUCGGGGGACCCCCUGGCCACUCUCGCUUCCGCCGCCGUCAAUUCCUCUCCGAGCGCCGCGGCGCCGACCGUCAAGACGGAAGACUCCGCCUCUGCACUCGCCAACGGCAUCAAUCAGGAAUCGAACGAAGCGAAGAAACCGGAAACGGAAUGGUACGACGUGGGCAUCAUCCGAGGAACGGUGUGUACGGUGCAAGCGUAUUACCUUCCCACCGAAGCCGAAGCUCUGAAGAACGAGACGUACACCGACGCCGAAGGAGAGGUGACGGAGAGGAAAGCGAGCGGAAUCGAAGUGAAGCUACAGCCCGGCACCGCCUACAAGUUCAGAGUGGCGGGCAUUAACGCGUGCGGACGAGGGCCCUGGAGCGAAGUGUCCGCCUUCAAGACCUGCCUUCCCGGUUAUCCGGGAGCGCCUUCGGCCAUCAAGAUCUCGAAGUCUGCCGAAGGGGCUCACCUGUCCUGGGAACCGCCCCAAAAUGCCGCCGGCGACAUAGUCGAAUACUCGGUGUAUCUGGCCAUCAAGAAUGCUGCCACUCAACAACAGGUCAGCAAAGAGACCGGGAGUGGAGGGGCGCACCUUGCCUUUAUGAGGGUUUACUGUGGCGCCAGCAACCAGUGCACUGUGCUCAACACCCAGCUGGCAGCAGCACACAUCGACACAACCAACAAACCGGCCAUCAUCUUCAGGAUAGCCGCCAGAAACGAUAAAGGAUAUGGCCCCGCUACACAAGUCAGGUGGCUUCAAGACUCGGUGAUGGGAGCUGCUACCGGGGGCCCAAAGGUAGUCAUGAGAAGACCCACUACAGACAACAGGUCACCGGUCACCGUGAAAAAAUUCAAAGCCGACGGGGAGUCGACGUCGUAGUGUCGACCCGGCCGCCGCACGGGCCCGGCGUCGGGCAGAGGACGCGACGCGUCUUCGGUCGAAGGUUUUCUCCGUUCGAGCGUCCGGUGCCAAAGAUGAAGUCGGACCGACCUCGCGUCCAGUCGUGCGGGGCCCUAAACCGGGGGCGUCCAUCCGUGCGGGGUCCUAUCUGCGAGGGAUCCUAAACCGUGGGCGUCCAGCCGCGAGGGGCCCCAAACCACGCGUUUCAAGCCGAGAGGGGCCCUAAACCUCGAGUGUCCAGCUGUGAGGGGCCCAAAACCAUGAGUGUCCAGCUGUGAGGGGCCCUAAACCACAAGUUUCCAGCUGUGAGGGGCCCUAAACCACAAGCUUCAAGUUGUGAGGGGCCCUAAACCACAAGUCUUAAGCUGCGGGGGGCCCUAAACCACGAGGGUCCGGCUGCUAGGGGCCUUAAAUCACGAGUGUCCAGCUGCGAGGGGCCUUAAACAGCGAGUGUCCGGCCGCGCGGGACCCUAAACCGCGAGCGUCCGGCCGUCUGCGACCCCAAAACGCGAGCGUCCCGUUUAUGCACGAAAGUACUUCCGAGCGUCGUCGAGUCCGUGACGUACGGAGACCGCACGGGUUUUUUUAAACGAGCGAUGAGAUUAUACUUUAAGUUUUCUCUCUCUCUCUCGCGCGCGAAGUACGGUACACGUCGACGAGCUCCGGCCCGCGCCGUUUCGCGGUAAGCGUUGCAGCCGGAUGAUCUGAACCAAAUAUAUGUUGCCGAGCGGGUCGGAGUACCCCACGACUUCAUUUAAUUUAUAAAUACUACUUUUAAUGUACAUUUAAGGUCCAUCCAAACUGUUAAUUUUAUGUAAAUGUUUGUGUCACAGCUUUGUAUUCCCACCUAGCUAUAGGCAUCUAAAUGGCAUCGAACGAAUGCCCCAAACAAUCGUUUUCCAAAGUCAAGAACUCCGCAUCGUAGCAAACUCUCCCGUCUCCACGCGUCGCGGAGAACGCCCUCGCCCUACGGUCGACGCCCCAUUCCCGGGAGGGGAACGUCGCACGCGAGCCGAGCGAGAGGGGCGCGAGACGGUCGCGAGGGAACUCGACUCGGCCCGAAGCCACGAGAACGAGGCGGAAGAUGCCGCCGUCCCCGCGUCGUCCACGUCAUCGGUUCACGACUCAUACAUCGUAGGGCCUCCAAAAGUCUUCGUGUUAAUAAUAAAGUAGUUAUCACGUAGGUAAAGCGACCACUUAUUUUCUCACGCCGUACAAGCGGUACGGCGAACGCCACCUUCCUGCAUAUCACACGCGACCUUCUUACUUUUGGGAUACAUCAAGUUUCAUUCAUCGAUCAUUGUAGAUAUCAAUCCCUUCGAGUUACCCGAGACUAGCGAACCGCAGUAUCCGGACGACCGUAAUUUUGAUUACGGCAAGUCGCGUUCCAUUGCAGGCAGCCCGUUUUUAUUUGUAAAUUUUUUUUUUAGUUUCCGUUAAGUUUUCAACGGAGGGGGAAACGAGUACAAACAAAAUAAGAGCGAAAACGAAGUCAACGCAAGGUUAAAGCGACCGAACGACGGCGUCGGUCCACGUACCAUUUUCCGCCGGGCUUCGCCGCGCCUCGCGUCGGCGGAUGCGAGAUCGUCUCCGAUCGCGCGCCCGAUCGCUCCGCCCGCGUCGAGCGAGAGGGACGCUGCAAGUAUUUCAAUUUAUAUUUUUUGUCUCAUUUGCCAUAAAAGGCACAGAUGUGUUUAUUGAUUCAUAUGUACUGUAUCUUGCAUGUAGAUCUUUUGUUAUUUAUGAAUAUUUUUUACCAAUUCAUUUUUGUUUAUUAUUAUUACUUGUGCGGGGGAACACGAGGUUCAAUAUGCAACGACAGCCUGGAUGGGAAAUGGCCACAGUACCUGACCAGAUAUUAACACAAAGAAGUUGGUGUAAGACAAACCUGUCAUCCACUAACACACACUUUGGUAACAAUUUCUCUAGGCUGUAAGAAAAUAUUAGCAGUGAAUAUUAUUAUUAAAAAAAAAAGAAACAAUAAUCUAUGGAAAGUGCUUUUAAAUAUUUAAUAUUUUAUUUUUCAAAGUAAGAAUAAAAUGAACUAUUGAAAUAGUGAAAAUA